CGUAGAAAGGUCUGCUAUAAAACACAGAGACUGCUGCGGGCAGAGGGCUGAAUUAUUUACAGAUAACCACUGACAGAGAGAUUUAUACAUUUAAUUCUUCUCACAGAGUGCUAAGAGCUAGAAAUGCCUCUAUCACUGCAGAGUCCGCACUGAAAGAUACAGGAUGAUGUUGGGUCCAGGGUUUGCUGUGCUGCUCUUUCUGAGCUCUUCAUUCGCACACAGCUCAGACUCCUUCAAGUUCUCCACUUUGCCCUCUGGAGGACUAAAGGUUAACUGCAUCUCCCACGGCCUCAAGCAAAUUCCCACAUUUCCAGCAGACACCGCUGAACUGCACCUACAGCACAACGAGCUGAGCACCGUGCCUGCGGGGCACUUUGACGCUUUCAAGAACCUUCGGAUGGCAAACCUGUCAGAGAACCCUUUCCACUGUGGCUGUAACAUCCGCUAUCUGCGAGCUUGGCUCCUCAGGAACAAAGCCGUGACCCCAGUGACCCCAAAAUGUGCCAGUCCACCAUCACUGGCUCACAAAGCCAUAGUUGAACUCAGUGAGAAGGACUUCUCAGCCUGUGUGCAGGACCCAUGCUCUGAAGUGCGUUACAAUUUCACUGUGGCCUUCAUGCUCUGCGUCCUCAUCGGCCUGCUCUUCUGGUGCUUCCGUUUGGCCAAAGACCUGACCUUCACCCUGGGCAUCGGAGAGAGGCACGUAGGCCUCGAGGCCGAAUCCCUGCGCUCGCUCAAACCCAAGCACAGGAUGAGAAUGAGUUUCGCUGCAGGUUCUUCCAGCUCAAGAGGCGAUGAGCUAGAGAGGCCUCUACUCAACAUGGAGAUCCUACCGCAGAUUAUUGAUGCCCUGCAUAGGCAACACAACAUUAAGAUCAAAGAAACAUGAAGAGGCUGAGACUGUGCUGUAUUUCUGCUUAUACACCUGUGAAAAAGUCACAUACAAGUAUGUCUAUCCAAAUAUGUCUAUUCCAUUUAAACUAAUGACAUUCACACAAAAAUGGUGCAUGUUUUCUGAGGUAAUGCAGUUCUGAGGCCCAUUCUUAUUGUUUCUCAAUACUAGUUUUCUCUACAUUCAGAACCUAAAACUCUGUUUCUAGAACAUCUGCAUUCAUGUAAUUUUACAUGUUCAUCCCUAACCCUAUUUUGAAGGAUAUUGCAUAUCAAAAUUCUUAAUAUUUUGCUCAUAGUUGGAUUUAUGCCAGAUUUUGUACUAAAAAAUAACCUGAAAAGAAUUGUAAUAACAGUGCAUAGUGUUUUCUCAAUUAAACAAUAAAACAAUGACAUUUCAA